AUGACAGCUGAAAUAAAUAAAGGACCCCUACUGGGAAUGCGACACGUUCAGACCCUGCUGCUUUUCCUCAACAUAACGUGUUUGUAUAUCGGACGAUUAAAUGUGGGUGUAUCCGUGGUCGCCAUGACAAAUGCAGAGUCCACUAAUCCGGAUUUCCCAGAAUAUGAUUGGACCUUGACGCAGAAGUCUUAUAUAUUAUCCAGUUUCUAUUGGGGAUACAUCUUCACCCAGUUCCUGGGCGGAUAUCUGUGCAAGCGGUAUGGAGUCAAGAGUGUCAUGCUCUGGGGAUCCUUUGCAUCCGGUGUCUUCAGUGCUGCGACACCACUCUUCAUCGGCUUUGGCGGAUGGCAAGGCUACUGCGGAAUUCGAGUGCUGAUGGGCUUAGCUCAGGGGCUGAUCUUUCCCUGCAUUCAUCAGCACCUGGCCAGAUGGUCUCCUCCGGCGGAGAGGAAUCGCUUGGGAGCCGUCAGUCACACGGGUAUCGAGUGUGGCAACGUGUGUGCCAUGUUCUUCAGCGGAAUGAUAGCUAAAAGUCCCAUAGGCUGGCCAGGAAUAUCAUAUGUGUCCGCAGGAGUGGCCUUUGCCUGGUGUUUCUUCUGGUUCCUUUUUGCGGCCAACAAUGCAGUGGAAUCCCGAUACAUAGGAGAGGCGGAGCUGCACUACAUUGAAUCAUCCCUGAAGCAUAACGAGGACUAUCACAAGACCAUUAUUCCCAUUCCCUGGAGGGCUAUUUGGACCUCGGCUCCGUUUCUGGCUCUUUUGGUGGCCCGCUGCUGCGAGACCUGGGGUCUGAGUACCCUACAGGCCGAAAUUCCAACCUAUAUGAACGGCGUUCUCGAUAUGGACAUGAAAAGUAAUGCAUUCUUUUCGGCGCUGCCCUUUUUGGCCAUGUGGUUCAUGUCGUACGUGUACCUGAUAACCGCCGAUGUUCUGCUCGCUGGAAACAGACUUAGUUUGACGGCCCUCAGAAAGACCAUCAAUUCGAUGGCCUUCUGGAUCCCUUGUGCGACCUUGAUUGGAAUCGGAUUCCUGGACCAGGACCAGAAGAACUGGGCCAUUGUUCUGAUGACCAUCAGUGUGGGCGUGAACAGUGGUGCAACCAUUGGAACCUCCCUAAACACAAUCGAUCUAUCACCAAAUCAUGCCAGUAUCCUAAUGGGAAUCAUUAAUACGGCUGCGAAUGUGGUGCCAAUAGUGACUCCCCUGGUUGUUGGUUUGAUCGUUGAGGAAGAGACAAAUCGCUCAGAGUGGCAGAUCGUGUUUCUAAUUGCAUCAGUACUCUUCUUUUUCGGAAACUGUGUAUUUUUAUUCUUUGGCACGGCGGUUUCGCAACCCUGGGAUGCUGAGGACUAUCUUCAAUUGAAAGAACCUGAGCUUGCUAUGAAUGAAAUGCCUAAAAAUACGUUAGAUCCCCUGGAUAGAUAA